AUGAACGAUUUGCGGGAGUUUUCUAGGAGUCUCCGAGUUGCACCGAGUUCGCUUUCAUCUUCUUUUAUUAAUGCUUUUUUUCUUUCACAGACUCCAAAGGAAGAUUUGUCGCUCACAAAUCUUCGCCUUUUGGCGUCGAACCCGGGGCUCGAACGCGAGAAGACUAUAUGGCGACCGACGGACUCUUCCAAGGUCUUAGCGACCCGAUGGAAAGUGUUUUUAAGUUGUUUGCCACCCCAACCUGAAGCUUGGGGAUUAAUAGACACAAACAAAGUCAAGCAGUACAUUUCAUUAUGUAAUCAGUACAAGUCGCAGUUGGCACUUUUAGAGUCUGAAAAUCCGUUAGAAAGCUAUGCGACGGAGACUGCGUGUAAAGAGCCGAAGAAUGUCACCGACUCGUACUUGAGGAAAGCGAUGUGGGAGAUCAAAAAAGAUGCCCGACGAACGCAUUUUGACCAAAGUGUGUUAGAAAACCGGUAUGUGUUACAUAAGAUAUUACUUAUCUAUCAAUUGUCGAAGGGAUAUGAGUAUGUGCAAGGGAUGAACGAGCUUGUUUCAAUUCUCAUCGAUGUAUUUUCAGAAACAAAAAGUGGGGUCGAGAGAGAGGCUGAGACAUUUUACUUCUUUUGCGAGUUAAUGGAGAUCAUGGGCGACUGGUUUAAAGACGGGACUGAAGGGUUGAGGUGGAUGAAAAACCGGUGCGACUCAAUUGAAUCGAUCUUGGAAACAAAGGAUGAGGAACUUGCGAUGCAUUUGAAGGCUUGUGGGAUGGAGAUGCAACUCUUUUUGUUACGAUGGGUACGACUACUGUUUUGCCAGAUCUUCCCACCACAAGUGAUUAAAAUGAUGUGGGACGUCAUUUUUGCGUUCAGUGGAAGGUUGUCGUUAGUUGAUCAUAUAUGUGUAGUGUUGAUCAUAUUACAACGUGGGAAAUUGUUAGAAGGAGAUUUAACACAUGCAUAUAGUGUGUUGUUCAAUUACCCCAUUGAAGAGUAUUCCCCAGACUUAAUAUUGAAUUUGGCACUUGCGAGUUGUAUGUGGUUUGAACUUCCUUUGAUCAGGAAUUUGGACUUUAAACAGCGAGUGAGAGUGAAAGAGUCUUCAUCGUUUUGGGGGAAGGUGAAGACCGAAAUAGUACCUGUCCACGCUAUCUCAACCAGUGGAAGUCGUUCGGUUGCUGUGUCACCACCACUCACACCUAAAUUGAAAGCUGGAAACCAAGCAAAUAUCCUCGACAAGUUUUUCCAAAUUGAAGAUCAUUUAAACACUGCACUAAUUCUUCUUGAAAAUGACCCAAUUGCCGCGAAGGAGGUAAAGAACGCUCUUGUUGAUAUCAUCAAACUGAAAAACGACAUCCAGUCCGAGGAGAAUUUCUUCGUUAUGUUUUAA